AUGUCGGAAUGGAUUAGUCCUUUUUGUGAUGUUCAUGUGGGAGAAGCUCUUGGUUUACUAUCUGCUUUAGAAUGGGUUCGUCUUCUUCAACUUGGACCUAUUGAUUUUGAGCUUGAUGCGAAAAGAGUUGUUGACAGCUUCUUAUCUGCACAACAUGAUGCUACAGAGUUUGGUAGCAUUAUACACAGAUGUAAAACUCUUUUCAAUUUAUUUUAUGAAAACUCUAGUGUGGAGUUUAUUCGAAGACAAACGAAUAAGGUUGCCCAUGAAUUAGCUAAGUCGGCCUCAUCAUCAGCUAGUUUCCAGAUUCUGGUUAAUAUACCAGAAUGUACAAUGCUUAUAGUUAGUUUAUAUGUUGAUGAACUUAUCUACACUGGAGAUGAUUCUGAGAUGUUUAAUUCAUUUAAACACUCAAUGCAAAGAAACUUUGCCAUGACUGAUUUAGGAAAAAGGAGAUACUUUCUUGGAGUAGAAGUUAAACAAUGUAAUGAAGGGAUCUUCAUCAAUCAACAUAAAUACUCUACUGAAAUUUUAGAGAGAUUUGGCAUGGAAAAAUGCAACAUGGUGUGCAAUCCCAUAGUGACUAGAAGCAAACUGGUAAAAGAUGAGAAUGCUAAAGCAACAGAUGCCAGCAAGUAUAAACAAAUAGUUGGAUGCUUAAUGUACUUGCUUGCCACCAAACCAGAUCUUGCAUAUUCAGUGUGUCUAGUUGCUAGAUACAUGGAAAGACCCACUGAAAUGCAUUUGUCUGCUAUUAAAAGAAUCCUAAGGAAAAACACAUCAAGUUAUGUGUUUAUGGUUGGUGAUGGAGCAAUAGCCUGGUCAUCUAAAAAGCAGCCUAUAGUUACUCUUUCUACUACUGAAGCAGAGUAUUUAGCAGCAGCUUCAUGCUCAUGUCAAGGAAUCUGGAUUAGAAGAAUCUUGCAUCAUCUUAAUGAAGAACAGAAGAGAGCAACGAUCAUCUAG